AUGUCGAUCAAUUUGGCGAUAAAAUUCCACGUGCCGUCGACGAUGACAGGGCCGGCGCUCAGUGCGAGUGAUUCACCGCGACGGAUCGGCCGCAGACGGCACGAAGCGGACGGACGGACGGGCGGAUGUCCGUCCCACCGUCGUCGACGGCCUCACUCAGAUGUCGAUGAGGAUUCCGACGGACGUGCCCGGUACUCGAAUGUGAUGGAGUCCGUGAAUCCACGAAAUAUCGACAGUUGGAAGCAGAGAAAUUGA